AUGCCACAUUCUCACCACUCUCAUUCGGGCCAGUUCUGCGCCCAUGCGGCAUGUACUCUCGAGGAGAUGGUCCAACAGGCCAUCUCCCUCAACAUGGACACUUUUGCUCUGACCGAGCACAUGCCCCGCCAUGCCGCUGACCUUUAUCCCGAAGAGUCAGAUGCCCAAACUCUCGCCGACCUUUUUGAUGCCUACUAUCCUGAGGCUUUGCGUUUGCGUGAGAAAUACGCCUCCCAAAUAAACAUUCUCAUUGGUUUUGAAUCCGAGUGGAUUCGCCCCGAAACCAAUUCUAUCAUCAAAGACUUGCUGGCCCGCUACAAGUUUGACUUCUUUGUCGGCAGCAUUCAUCAUGUCCAUACCAAGCCAAUUGACUUUGAUCACGACAUGUACCAUGAAGCCAGAACCAUCUCUGGAGGUUCUGAUCAAGAUGUCUUUGCUGCAUACUUUGACCAGCAAUAUGACAUGCUCAAGGCUUUGACUCCUCCUCUUGUUGGUCACUUUGAUCUCAUCAGACUGAAGAGCGAUGAUCCCAAUCGUGUCUGGACCACCAUGCCAGCAGUCUGGGAGAAGAUUGUCAGAAACCUCGACUUCGUCGCCAGCUAUGGGGGUAUCCUUGAGAUCAACUCUAGCGCUAUUCGAAAGGGCAUGUCUGAGCCGUAUCCCAAGGCUGAGGUCUGCAAGGAGUUCAUCAAGAAAGGCGGACGUUUUGCUCUUUCUGACGACAGCCAUGCCACCAGUCAGGUAGGCUUGAACUUUUCAAAGGUACUAUCUUUCCUCGAGAGCACUGGCAUCAGUCAGGUCUACCACUUCAUCUCCAAAACCGACAACUCGUUCGACACAUCUACUGCCAAAUCUGUCUCUCUGGAUCAAUUGAAGAAGCACAAAUUCUUCGCUGCAUUGUCUUGA